ACCUUACCGUUACUAUUUUUCGACUCUGGGUAUAUAAAGGCUCACACUUCCUUCCAAAUGAGCACUGAACCUGCUUACCGCUACCCAGUUCAACUUUAAGAAUGAUGAAAGUAUUGAUCGCUCUUGCUUCGCUGUUGGCCCUGAGUGCCGGUCAGCUCAACACCUUGACCAACACGCAAGAAUUGGAUCCGGCUGGUAACUUCCGUCUAAAUUGGGAAGUCCUCCCUGGAACCGGAGACAUCGUCUUGGAGAUCGUAGCCAACGCCACCGGAUGGGUUUCUCUGGAAAUUGUCACCGACGAUGGUAAAUACGCCGAUGUCAUUUUCGGAGGCUACAACGACGAAUUCAGCUUCGGCUACGUUGAGGACUGGAGCCUCGAAUGGACCCCUGGCGCUCAUUUGCUCCCUAUCCCUGACGCCAGCAAGGACAUUGUUCUCCAGACCGCUUCUUUCGCUGCUCCCACCACCACUCUCCGUGUCAAGCGAUCGCUCAACACCGGAGAUUAUUACGAUGUUCCCAUUCACAGCGGACAGAUGCCAGUUGGCUGGUCUUACGGCGCUUCGGACGCUUACGACUCGGUUCACGCAGCUGCCGGUUUCGCCUACGUCACCUUCUAUUAGUUUAACUGAAAAUACAUUUUGUGUACAACAAAACAAUGUCUAAAUUCAUUCAGAAAGUUGUCAAAAUAAAAACAAAUGUUCUAACUA